GCAACAGUCACAACUACUGACUAACGAUAGAAACGAAAGUUGAAAAAGAUAUUAUCAACCGUUUUCCGAUUGUUGUUUAUCUUCAUAGAUUCUUAAUGAAUGAACGAUGACGUGGAUCUGUCCUGGCAACAGUCACAACUACUGACUAACGACAGAAACGAAAGUUGAGAAAGAUAUUAUCAACCGUUUUCCGAUUGUUGUUUAUCUUCAUAGGAAUAUGGCAUAUAAAUUGAACAUACAGUGUGGUCCCUGUGGAUAUGAGGAGAAAACGAAGAACGCAAAAAUAUGGUGUACCAAUUGCGAAGAAGGGUUUUGUAGAGAAUGUGAGAAAUCUCAUAAGUCUAUGAAAGUUUCGAGAGAUCACAAGAUGAUUUCAGUUGAAGAUUAUCGUCAAAUAGAAGACAUUACAGUAAAUAUGAACUGUGAAAUACAUGGUAAAAAGCUGGAUUUAUACUGCAAGAAGCACGAUAUUGCAAUAUGUGUUGUCUGUGCCCCGUCUGCACAUAAAACAUGUUCCUCUUCUGAUGUUUUCUCCAUCGAUGAAGCAUCUAAAAACGUAAAACAAUCAAGUGCACUCUCAGACUUAGAAGAAACAAUCUCAAAAACUUUAGACGACGUCAAGUAUUGUAUAAACGACCGAGAAACGGCUUGGAAAAAUGUGGACAAAGAAGAACAAACAAUCAGAAAAACAAUUGCAGAAACGCGAUUGAGUCUGACCAAAUACUUAGAUGAACUCGAGAGAAAACUGCUUCUAGAUUUGAAAUCCCAACAUGAAAACUGUAAAUCAAAAUACAUUAAAAUUUUUGAUCAAAUGAAGCAAAUAGAGAAAGAGUUAGAAAACAUGAGAGAGCAAACACUUAAAAUGAAACGCUUUGCGUCUGAUCUGCAAGUGUUUUUAGGAACGCGUCAAUUAAACAAAACAAUAACUGAAAAGAUUGGAUCACUUAAAGCAGAUAUGAAAGAUCAUACAAAUAACAGGAUGGAAAUAGAGAUACAUCACGUGAUAAGUUCCUUGAUGGAGGAAGUAAAGCAGUUUGGAGAAAUUAAAGUUUUUGUAACCAAAGCCGGUCUUGAAUUAAAAGAUGCAAAGAUCGACCAGGCUCAGAUACAUAUACAGGGAUCAAUGCAAAAUGUUUGUAAUAUCAGUCUACAUUUGAAACAGAAGUUUGAUAUCAAAGGAUCAGAAAAAACAAUAACUGCCUGCACCAUUUUACAUGACGACACAGUUAUAAUUGCAGACUAUUUUGGUAGUGGUAAGUUAUUGGAAUACAAUAACAAUGGAAAACAUAUUCGUGACAUUCCAGUCUCUGCUAAACCGUUCGAUAUUACAGCAGUAGAUACUGACCGUAUUGCUGUUACAUAUCCAGGUGCAAAUUACCUGGUGAUUAUAAACACUAAGAAUGAUAGUGAAAGGAAGAAGAUACAAUGUAGUUUUAACGGGCGGGGAAUAUCUUUCCAGGACCAGAAACUGUACGUGGUUGUAUACAAAGAGGGCAUAGAAGUAAUGGACUUGAAUGGAAAGAAAUUAAAUACAAUCGUAAACGGUAUUUCAUUGGGCGUGUUUAGUAUAACAACAACCAGAGAAAGGAUAUACUAUACAGACAACAACAGUAGAACAGUACAUUGCUGUAGUAUGACAGGAAAAGAAAUCUGGGUAUUCAAGGAUCAGUCUAUUUCCAGUCCGAGAUGUCUAUCAGUGGACACUAAUCAGAACGUAUUUGUUGUUGGUCAACACAAUCUGACACUCAUACAACAUGAUGGAAAAGACAGUAAGGUCUUACUCACUGAUCAUGAUGAACUUGAUAAACCAGGAGCAGUGUAUUACUGCAAAGAAAAGAAGAUUGUCUGUUUGGGAUACAAGAGGGGAAGCAUUGCAAUGUACCAAGUUUCGUAAAAUAAACGAAGAAGAAUGACGAAAUUACUAACUGUAAUGAUGUACACAAAAUAAUGAAUCAUUGUCUAUGAUUUUAUUAUAAAAUUUU